UUUAGCGACCAACCGUGUCAGACUUGCUCCCUUCCAAAAGGCAGCCCCAUGGAUCAGCCGACGGAGCCAUUUUUAAACGACCCGAAUAUGCCCGAAGAGGAAAAAAAAGUGCUCGUAGACGCAAACACGAGAAAGGAAUGGGAGUCCACGGGGCAGUGGAUGAAGCGGAAGGAAUUCCUCCUGAAAAUGCUGAGUUAUCACAAACAGAAUAAUAUAAAAAUCGAUGUUGACAAGUUUGCAAGGAUGGGCCAUAUGUAUUACAACAUGAAGUACCUGAGCUGCACGUACAGCGAGGCGGUGAUGGAGGAGAUGCGCAUGUACGAGCAGGGUUGA